CUCUGUCCCUUCUGAAGUUCUCCUUCCUGCCUGGAGCCGUGAUGCUGCCCAGCCGAAGAGGCAACCCCAGGGAAGGUCUGAGCAGCACCAGGAGGGAGUGAACAGUCCCCAGCGUUCCCUCAACCCCCCUGGGAGAGGCUGUGGGCCCCAGGCAGGGCUCGGGGCCAAGCCGGGCUCCCUCCCCCCGGCCAGGCCGGAUGACAGAUGCCUGCAGUGGAGGAGAAGAUGCUGCAGCCCCCAGCUCCAGCCUGGAUGCAUCUGACCCUGAGCUGCACUAUGAGGAGGAGGAGGAGGAGCAGAGCGAGGCGGAGCCCUCGGACACCAGCAGCAUCUUGUCCGAUGACUCUGUCUACCCUUGCUAUGAGCUGUCCCUGGAGGCUGCUGGUGCCAGGGAGCUCAGCCUCUACCAGUGCUGCGCCAGGAACGAUGCCAAGCUGGUGCAGGAGAGACUGGAUCAAGGGGUGACCCGCAGCGAGGCCACGGAGCUGGAUGUCAACGGGAGGAACGCUCUGAUGGUCUCCUGCUACAAGGGCUUCGUGGACAUUGUGCCCCUGCUGCAGAAGUGCCCCUACAUAAACGUCAACCAGCAGGACAAGGAUGGGAACACAGCCCUCAUGAUGGCUGCCCAGGCAGGACACAUCACCAUCGUCAACUACCUCCUCAACUACUACCCUAUGCUGGAGGUGGACAAGAGGGACCCGCGGGGGCUGACGGCGCUGAUGAAGGCUGCGGUGCAGGGGCAGCAGGACUGCGUCACCGCCCUGCUCCUGGCCGGAGCAGACCUGCACGCAGUGGACUCCAUCAAGGGAAAGACAGCCAGGGAGUGGGCAGCCUUCACCGGCCGCUUCGAGACCACCCUGAAGAUCCGCCGCCUGCUGCAGCGCCCCCGGGCGGAGCAGUUCAGCUCCCGGUACCGUCCCGAGUGGCCAGCCCUGGCCGAGCUGGUGGCCGAGGCCCUGCGCUCCAAAUCCGCGGGCAAGAGGCUGUCGGAGAGGAUCCGCUCCGUGUUCACCUUCAACUUCCCCCACGACCCUGAGGCGGAGGGGGUGAUGGACCACAUGGUGAGGAUGACCACCUCCCUCGCCAGCCCCUUUGUGGCCACUGCUUGCCAAACGCUGUGCCCCGACAGCCCUCCGGAGGUGGGCAAGCGGCGGCUGUCGGUGCCGGAGAUCCUGGGGCAGCAGCUGCCGGAUCCUGACGCCGAGUCGGAAUCUUCCUCACGGCCCAGCACGGCUGCAUCCUCCUGCAACGGCCAAGCCAUGUCGGAGAUCCGGCUCCUGCCGCCGCGCCGGCCAGCUGGGGGCCUCCUGAGCUUCCUGCCCCUGUGGCUGCGCCGCGGGAACAUCAUCUUCCCCGGGGAGCCGAUCCCCAAGAUCAAAGUGAGCAAGGACUCCAGCCCAGCAGCCUGCUGCAAGGAGAGGAAGCAGCGAGGGAAGGACAAGAACCUGCUGCAGCCACCCAAGUGGAAGUACAAGGAGCUGAAGGAGGAGAAGAAAGCAGCCAAGGAGGCAAAGAAAAAGGAUAAGAAGAACAAAGAGGACAAGAAAUGAGCUGCUGGACUUGGGGACAAGGUCCCAGCCAUCCCCUUGGCCCUGGCAUGGGGCUGGCUUCCUUCCCCCACGCUGGGAUGGUGAUGCUCAAGGGAGAAGGAUAAACCCAGCAGAGAUGCCCCAGCCCCUGCAGUCCCAGCUCCCUGACCCCCUGCCCAGGCCCCCAUCCUCUCCUGCUCAGGGGUGACCACCCUGAGUCACCUCUGAUUGUGCUGAGACCCUGCCCUGGGCUGGACUCUGGACCUGCUGCAGAACAGGGGGGUGGCAAAAGCAGCUCUUGUCUGUCUGUCUGUCUUUGUCUCUUUGA